AUGCGUGGGAGGAAGUUGGAUCAGCGGAGAUUACUUCUUAGUAGACAGCUUGAAAAGCGGAAGGAUCUUAUACGAGCAUUAUUUCGGGCUUGCGGGGAUCGUACAGUUGGUGAACGCUAUCAAAGUAGGGAAGUUGUACAACCUCUUCAACCUCUUGAUGAUCGUGAGGAAGCCAGUCAAAAAACAGUCUUUGAAAAGGUGGAUGCAGUUGCUCGUCCAGUCAUAUACUCACAACAGGAAAAGAAACUCAAAUGGAAGAAGAAAACACAAAAAAGUUCGAGGAGUAAAAAAAAGAGCAAACGGAGCAAAAGAUCUCGGUCUCAUAGUAGUCGACGACAAAAACGGGAAACUCCACAACAGAAGCGUACUAUGAGUUUGAAAGGGAGGAACGACGAGCAAGAAAUGCCUCCACUAUCAGAGAUUGUCUCUCAUCGUGAUUUUACCACAGCGUACAAGAUUAUGAGUUACGUGAAGAAAAACGGUAUUUUGGAAAAUACUCUGGAUGAGAAAGCUACAGAAAAAAUUCGUCAUUUUUUUGAAACUGAACUAUGUUUUCCAUCCUACCAUGUGAGUGCAAAGAUUCAGAUUAUGCGGCUUUUACAUGAAGCACUUAAUAAAUGUUGGGAGAAAAUUAUGGAUGAUUGUAAAAAAUUGGGAUUUACACAAGAAAUUCUUUUGCUUUUAUCAGAAAAAGAGAAGGCUAAAGCCUGUUUCUUGGAUGUUAUGCUCGUCUUUCCCGAACAUAUUCCAGAAUCAUGGGGAGGAAAACAUAUCGUAGAGAUCUCAGCUCCAACCGGAGCGAUUAUUUUACCAACAGAAAUCCUCAACUUAUCAACUGAUCUUGCAGCACCAACAUCACAAAUAGGAACUUCGGCCGAGCUAACUUCACAACUAUCAAUGCGCCAAUUAAGUCAAACAAAUGAAAUGAGCACUAUAGAAGAACGACGAAAAAAGGUUUAUGCUCAUUCUCCACUGCUACAGGACGACAUACCAAGCCCAGUCAAUGACGCAUUUUUAAAACAGAUGAAGAAGUCCAAAAUUAAUAUCCUACAGGGCAAACCACUCCCGACACAGUUGCAAGGAAAAGACUUAACCAAAGGCAUUGCGGCAUCGAAAAAAGAGGAACCUCAAUUAAAAUCAUCUGUAGUCGAAAUGCAACGGAAGUCAAGUGAUAAAACGGAUAUUCCAAAACAAAAAAUAGAACAAAAACCUAAAACAGGAACACCUUCACCUGAAACGAGAAAAGUUCCAAUUACUGUUGCGGAACCAGAAAAACAAGCACCGAAGAUUGAAGCGGGUACGAAAUUGAAAGUUGUGGACGAUGUUAAAAAUAAAGAGACUGGAAAGAGCCCAAAAACACAGCUAGAAAGCAAAAAAGAACUACUCGCGACUGGUUUAGAAGGAAAAAUUGUGGAUGAAAUAAUGGAUAAAGAUGAAUACAUGAAGGAGAGCCCAAAAAUAGGGGAAGAAAACAAAAAGGAGGACCUUGCAGCACCAGUGGACAAGGAAAAAACGCCUGAAGAUGGAGGAAAGGAAGAGAUCGCAUUCGGAUACGGUGCUCUCCGGAAAACUCAAGAAGUGGACGCAGAAAACGAUGAGGAUGACACCGACAACGAAGCCGGGAAUGAAGAAGAGAAAAAGAAUAAAGAGCAAGAAAAAGAAAGAGAGUGA